GAAACGUGGAAGUAAAUACAUUUGCGAGUUUCUGAAGCUGGUAUUUUUAUUAUUGAUUUUGACUAACCGGUUCCUACCGGUGACCAAUAAGACACGAGGUAUUGACUAUCCACCAAUGUGAUGCGUUGUUUGUGGCUGGAGAGUGUUUGGUGGAAUCGAGUGGAACGGACAGGAACGUCAGUUCAGUACGUUCCAGAGCGUCAGUCCACCUUCAAGCUAGUAAUCGUUGCUCUUCUGUGACGGCUGCUGUUGUCGCUACCGGCUUGUGCGUACAGUUUCUGCCGGCGUUUUCUCCAAGUUUGUAGUUGGGACCUUCAGCAGAAAUGGCGUGGUUACCUUUGGAAUCGAAUCCUGAGGUGAUGAACAAGUAUUUGUACAGCUUGGGAAUGCCAGAAAAGUUUCAACUUGUUGAUGUAUAUGGCUUGGAUCCUGAUCUGCUGGCAACUGUUCCUCAACCAGUCCUAGCUGUUCUCUUGUUGUUCCCCUGCUCUGAUAAAUAUGACGAACACAAAACCAAGCAAGAAGCUGAAAUUGCUAAAAAAGGACAAGUUAUUUCUGACAAGGUGUUCUAUGUAAAGCAGAUUGUUACAAAUGCUUGUGGAACCAUUGCUCUUGUUCAUAGUGUUGCAAAUAACCUUGAGAAAAUAGAGCUCAAAGAUGGUCAUUUGAAACAGUUCUUAGAUACUGCAAAAACUCUUACACCUGAGGAGAGAGGUGAAAUAUUGGAAAAAGCUGAAGGUAUCAUUAAUGCCCAUAAGGAAGUGGCAUUGGAAGGCCAGACAGAGGCCCCUGAACCAAAUGAGCCAGUGAAUUAUCACUUUGUUGCAUUUGUGCAGAAAGAUGGACAUCUUUAUGAACUUGAUGGACGAAAAUCUUUCCCUGUGAAUCAUGGAUCAACUUCAGAAGAUUCUUUUCUCCAGGAUGCUGCAAAGAUCUGCAAGGAGUACAUGGCUCGUGAUCCUGACGAACUUCAUUUCACUGUUGUAGCUUUGACUGCUGCUUAAUUUUAUUCUAGCAUUUCAUUUGAAAUUUGGAAGGUUUAUUUAAGCUUCAAGCCUCACAAUGUGCUUAAGAUGAAUAAAAAAGACAAAAUUAUUUCCUGCUGCAGUUGAGGUUACUAGGCUUUUGAACAUAAAUGUUAGUUCUGCUUUCUUGCUCAACAUUGGUAUUGAUGUUCAUAAUAAAAAUGGGAACAAUUUGUAGACUGAACUUUUUGAGGCUUUUUUUUUAGUGGAGCUGUGCAAAGGGAGGCAAAAUUAAUAAAACAUUGUGAACUGUGAUAAGAUUUUGAUAGUGCAGAAUGGAGGUAGUAAUAUUUUACUCUAACAUGAUUGAGACCAAAGACUUGUGUACAAUGAAAACUGACAGCUGAAAUUCACUUCUGAUUUAGUUUAUGGUAUGUCAGAUACUUCAAGGAUACAGUAAGUUUCCAUAUUGCAUAGCAAUACUCAGGGGUAUAUUUGUAUGUACUUACAUCAUUGGGAAGUAACAUAUCACGAAUGGAAGCCCUUCACGAGAAAAGUUUAAUAGCUUCUUACUGGAUUAUACCAGCAAUAAAAUGACUAGCUUACCAGCUACCCCUUCAUUCCUAAUCUCUGGAAUUGAAACUUUUGAUAUGUAAUAGAGAAGAUAUUUAAGGUUGCUACAAUUCAAAAUUUAACUAAAUUUAAGCAAUUGGAUUAGCAUUGUACCAGUUGCUUAGUUGCCACAUCUUAGUUUAUUUGCCCUAUAAAUAUUCCUGUGUGCCUCAAGUAUAUUAUAAAUUGUGUGAAACUGUAAUGAGCUUCGAUGUGUUCUGUGGAUCUCAUUUCACUUGUGAUUUGUGUGUUCAAUAAAAACAAGGCAGGAUGCCUGUGAUAAGUUCCUUGUGAUAUUUAUAGCAUUAGUUCAUACAUCCUUGUUCCCAAAU